AUGAAGGACUUGUACGUGGAGCAGAGGAACUUCGUUAACAAGGACCCCCUGCCGCAUACAUCAGAGGUUCAAGAAGAGUGGCCCUUGCUGUUUGUGAAACCCUUUUUCUACCAGCAUGCCAACGAACUUCUGGGGAAGAAUGUAAAGGCAGUCUUCCAGGAAAGGAUGACGGCCUGGGCCCCCUUAAUAUUCCAGAUGAUGGAGGAGGCACCGACAAAAGACACUAUGGAACUAGUGGUGCGCGUACGAGACGAAGUACAAAGGGAAGAUGCAGUCCAGGUCUCUGUGCUACCCUUCCUCUGUGCGCAUUUUAAGGAGGACAUGAAAUACCUCUACCAUGUAUUUGAAGAGGGAACAAGCAUCACUGAAAAGCUUCCAGAGUUGCCAUCAACGCCCACAAUCAUUGUACUGGACAUGAACGUGCUGAAGUGGCAGCUGGCUGGCUUGUGA